CACACGUAGUUGCAUUGGCCGGCAUGAAUGACAAUUGUGUCCAUCUGUAUGUGAUGGAUCGAUCCUUGGCACCACCCCGCCCGGCCACCUGUCGGCCGGUCACACAUGGUCACACAGGCAGGUAGGCGGGCGGUGAUGAAGCCACAUACUCACUCGCAAAAAGGCAGAGACGCCUAGGUGGAUGGAUGAAUGGACACACAUCACACGUACACACAUGAUGGAUGCAGGUAGGCGAGUGAGUGUCCCACGCAAGGCAGGCAAGUCGAGCAAAACAGGCAAAAGAAGAGGAGGGCCGUCCGUCCGUCUCAAGACACGCACAUCAUCAUCAUCAUCACGGUAUCAGCAGCACUAGAGAGGAGUGCUCUGGCAACACCUCAUGUUCACCAGGCAGACAGACAGGGAGGCAUGGAGGGGGGAAGCUUAAAUCACACUCACUCUCAGGCCGUGCUGUAUCAGUCAAUCUUACUGUACACACAGUCGUCACGGAGGCAUGCAGCAAAGAAGACUGUGUCGGCUCCAUUCGCAGACCAAUCCGCUCACUCACCCACUCAGUCAGACAACACAUACAAGACAGCAAGGACCGACCGACGGACGGACACAUCAGAGCGUCACGCAGCCGUGGCCGCCUGUGUCUCAGUCUCAACAAUGGGCAGCUCGUCCGCCUCUUCCUCGUCCCCCACCGUGGCCGUCUGCUGUUGUUUGCCGCCCUUGGCCUGUGCCUGCAUCCUCGCCGUCGCCUGAUCCGGCGCCACGUUGACCACCACCGUUGCCAUGAUGGUCUCGUACACCUUCACCUCGGCCGUCGCCGUGCCGUACUCGACGAUCUGCAACCAUAGAUGCGAUUGACAGGCAGGAACCCAUUGAUCGAUCAUAUAGUAGAGGAGGACAAGAGUCAUCUUCGUGUGGGGUGCGUCGGUACGCACCUCUUUAGAGAGCUUCACGUCUUCUGGAACAACUCCAAACCCCAGCUCUGAGAGGCCCUCUGCGACGUCCUUGGGACUUACAGAGCCGAAAAAGGCCAAUCCUCGUGGGUCAGCCCUGUGUUGUGGUCAAUGACAUGGCAGAGGCGUGUCGGCGGUAGAGCUGAGAGCAUGGCUGCCCUCCCUUGACUGACUCCUGUGACGUACCUGUUGGGAUUUCUGAUGACGACAACGCUCGUUCCCUGCAUGGACGCCUUGGUCUCCUUGGCCUCCUUCAGACGCUCCUUACUGCAGCGCAGUGAACGACACACCAUGUAUAGCACACAGCACAGCACACAUGCAUGUCAGUACAGCCAGCCAGUCAGCCAGACCCCCUUCCUUGUCAUGUCCUUGUGUCGGAGUGUGCCUACCGUACCGUAUUGCCUCUUCCUUCUGCAGCUUCGACUCAAAUGAGACGAUGUCAUUGGGGGUCGCCUGACGGGCACGCUUGAGCGGCAGGAGGCUGUUGAAGGCGUACGCCGCCUUGACCGUCACCACGUCACCCGGCUCGCCCAGCGGCACAAUGCGCUGCACCCAACAGGGGAGGGAGGGGGGUGGACACAGACAGCAGAUAUCAGACAUGAGACACACUGGCGCACUCUGUCGCAUCAACAGAGUGCAUGAUUCGCUUCGUGCGCUCCUGUCUGCCUCUCUUGCACCGCAUAGCCAUAUGUGCCGCGGUAGGGUGCCCCGUUCUCACCUCGAGCAGCGUCACUUGCCAUCGAUCACUCUUGCGGCCGGCGCGAGCCUUCAUGGUCAGCAGAUUCGCCCCUCUGGUGGCCCGCUGCGCCCCAUGUGACCGCCUCGGGUGCCUGAAGGCCGUCCUGGUUGGCAGAGGGGAGAGAUCACCGCUCCGGCGUGGGUGAAAAACAAAGGCAUCGGCUGCGGCAGCAAAUAGUGACGCAAUGCUGACCGUCACCAAUGGCAUAGCCUUCAUCCUGCCGUUCCCUCUUUUCAGCG